AUGUCUUCUGAUAGUGGAGAAACUGUUGGGCACCCAAUUGGACAGAUUCAAGGCUCCACUUUCCAGCUUAGCAGUCUGGAUGGAAAUAGGAAAUCCACAGCACCGCUGGAAGUCAAGGAGACCUUAAGCAGCAUGCAGUAUUCUGCUGUGGCUACAGAUCCAGAAACCUCAGUGAACAAUGGAUGCAGGAUUCCUUGUAACCCUGAGGAGGGCACAAAGGCUGCAGUCCUUCGCCCUGCGGAGGGUGAAGUCCGCAGGACCUGCACGGCAAAGUGUUUCCAUAGCCAUCGGUUGACUAAAACUGGCACGCAGAGAGAUGUCUACAACUUCCUAGAGAGGCCUAGUGGAUGGAAGUGUUUUAUCUACCAUUUUGCUGUCUUUCUCUUGGUGCUGGUUUGCUUGAUCUUCAGUGUGCUGUCCACUACAGAGCACUACUCAGAACCUGCCACUGGAGCACUCUUCUGGAUGGAAAUAGUGCUGGUUGUGUUUUUUGGUGCUGAGUACCUGGUGCGGCUGUGGUCUGCAGGCUGCAGGAGCAAGUACGUCGGCUUCCAGGGGAGGCUGCGCUUUGCCAGGAAGCCCAUAUCAGUUAUUGAUUUAAUUGUGGUGGUAGCCUCAAUUAUUGUUCUGAGCAUAGGAUCCAAUGGACAGGUGUUUGCCACCUCUGCAGUAAGGGGGAUCCGGUUUCUGCAGAUCCUUCGCGUGCUCCACGUUGAUCGCCAGGGUGGCACCUGGCGGCUCCUGAGCUCCGUCGUUUUCAUCCAUCGUCAGGAACUCAUAACCACAUUGUACAUUGGAUUCCUGGGAUUAAUUUUCUCGUCCUAUUUUGUCUAUCUUGCUGAGAAGGAUGCAACUGAUGAAGAAGGAAAAACAGGCUUCUCCAGCUACGCUGAUGCCCUUUGGUGGGGUGUGGUAACGGUGACAACAAUCGGUUAUGGAGACAAAGUUCCCCAGACGUGGAUUGGGAAGACAAUAGCUUCCUGUUUCUCAGUGUUUGCUAUCUCUUUCUUUGCUCUUCCAGCGGGUAUUCUGGGGUCUGGUUUUGCCCUGAAAGUACAACAGAAGCAGCGUCAGAAGCAUUUCAACAGACAAAUUCCAGCUGCAGCUGCCUUAAUUCAGACUCUGUGGCGGUGCUAUGCAGCAGAGAAACCUUGCAGCGUUGCAGCAGUGAAAGCUUGCAGCUCUGCAGCAGCGUGGGAGAUCUGCGGGGCACUCCCAGGGCACAGUCCCCGAGAGCCACCAGCGCCGUCUAGCCUCAGCCUAAGGAAGCAGGCCAGAAGAUCCAGAAGCAAAGGAAAGUUAGGCUGCACAAACAGCUCUGCCCCUGCAGUAAAGCCAGCAGAGGAUACCCUGUCAGCUCCACAGAUCGCUCAUUACAUGGAUGAAGACAACAGAGCUGUGUCCUUCUAUACUGAUGAACCAGGAGUAAAGGGACAUUUAGAAGAGGUCACCCAAGAAAUGUCCCGGAAGAACAGCUUUGCUGGUGAUGUUGACCUGGUACCAGAAGAGUCACCACUGCCACCUGUAUCUGACAUGGCACAAUCUUUGAGCAGAUUAACUGAAGCACAUGGAACAGCUGUAAAAGUCAUCAGGAGAAUGCAGUAUUUUGUAGCCAGAAGAAAGUUUCAGCAAGCUCGCAAACCCUACGAUGUGCGCGAUGUGAUUGAGCAGUACUCGCAGGGACACCUCGACAUGAUGCUCCGGGUGAAGGAACUCCAGAGAAGAUUGGACCAUUCCUUGGGAAAGCCGGGCCUGUUCCUCUCAGAGAAAGGGAUAGACAAAGGAUACUGCACUGUAGGAGCCAGACUGAUUCGUCUAGAGGAUAAGGUCAUGCAGAUGGACCAGAAGCUAGAUGACAUCCUGAACAUGCUCCAGGCUCAGUGUGAGGAUCAGCCACAGAUGCCAGGCCACUUCCCACCUGUCAGACAGCUAUAAACAACCUCAGAUUCCCUCCCAGUGAACCACGACAUUUGAAAGACAGUGGACAGCCAUGUCCCACUCCCAUUCCUUUAUGUAUGGUCACUUUUAAGUCUUAGUGUCUCAGAAUUCAUCUGUUUCAUGGGUGAGAUUAA